AUGUUCAACAAGAUCAUCAAGCGGGGAAGCCGGAAGACCUCCAAAUCCGACGCAAUCGAGUCUGGAGUCUUUGCGUAUGGAUCUGCUACUGCUGGUGCCAACCGAGGGGGUGGACCAGUCGCUGGAGGAUCGGUGGUGUCCGCCUCUCAUGUCACGAUCAACCACGCUUCCCGCUCCACCCUCUCUUCCACGGUCCCUUCCCCCACGGGUUCAGGGCACUCGCUGCCCGACCGAGGGCCUCUCGCUGCGGCACCAGUCCCAAUUGAGAGUCUCCCACUUUUCCGGGAAGUUCCGGUAUCGGAGCGCCAGAACCUGUUCCUCCGUAAGCUACAGAUCUGCUCCGUAACCUUCGACUUCUCGGAUACCCUAAAAUGGGCCCGCGAGAAGGAGGUCAAGCGGCAAACCCUUGCGGAGCUCCUCGAGUUCAUUCAGACGAGCUCCGGCAAGAUCACCGAGCCCGUGCAGGAGGAGCUCGUGCGGAUGAUCUCCAUCAACAUCUUCAGGUGCCUUCCGCCUGCGCCCCAUGAGAACACCGGCGCCGAGAACACCGACCCCGAGGAGGAGGAGGCGUACCUCGAUCCCUCCUGGCCUCACCUUCAGCUUGUCUACGACCUUCUCCUCCGCUACGUCGUCUCCACAGAAACAGACGCUAAGAUCGCCAAGCGCUACAUCGAUCACUCCUUCGUCCUCAGGCUGCUCGACUUGUUUGAUUCGGAGGAUCCUAGGGAACGAGACUACCUCAAGACCAUAUUGCACCGCAUAUACGGCAAAUUCAUGGUCUACCGCCCUUUCAUUAGGAAGGCGAUUAGCAAUAUCUUCUUCCGGUUCAUAUUUGAGACAGAGAGACACAGCGGCAUCGGGGAGCUGCUGGAGAUUCUUGGCAGCAUAAUCAAUGGGUUCGCCCUGCCAAUGAAAGAAGAGCACAAGCUCUUCCUCAUCCGUGCCCUCAUGCCUCUUCACAAGCCCAAGUCAAUUGGCAUUUACCACCAACAGCUAUCCUACUGCAUCACCCAGUUUGUGGAGAAAGACUUCAAGUUGGCAGACAUUGUGAUACGUGGUUUGUUAAAGUAUUGGCCUUUAACCAACUGCCAGAAGGAGGUCCUCUUUCUUGGGGAGCUAGAGGAAGUGCUCGAGGCUACUCAGUCUGCAGAGUUCCAGAAAUGCAUGGUUUCUCUAUUCCGGCAAAUUGCCCGCUGUCUCAACAGUUCCCACUUCCAGGUUUAGCAUACAGUUCCUUUUUUUUUUGGCUUGCAUUAGAUUCGAGUUCCACAAGAGUUUUUCUUUUGUCAGUAAUCUGUGUUCUUAUGACUAAAAUAGGCUUUUAAGUUCGCGAAAGAAUCAUUUAAACUGUUCUCAACCGUGCUUCCAUUAUUUUCCGUUUUCUUUUUUAUUUUUUUGCUGCAAUCUGAGGGAGCAGGGUGCCACAUCAUUCCAGAACCUUUUAAAUUCGCUGCUCGAUUUCAGUCCGCUGAUUUGUGUCUCUUAGAUUUGUUGCUAGUUUCUUGAAGAAACUAAUGGUUUUUUAUCUUAAAUUGAAUUUUCUCAUAAAUUAUCAAAUAUUAACUGAUGUUUUGCAUAUGAGUGAUCCUCAAUGAAUUUUUAGCGCUAAUACACACAAUUUCACAGUAUCAUUUUUUUCUUCCAUUGAGAACUCCGUGAAUCUAAAAAUAACGUCCAUUUUGGAACCAAGACAACAUUCCGGUGAUCCAAGUGCGCGUUUGCUUCCAAUUAAAACAUGUUUCAUUAUGGAUAUCUAGUUAGGGUUAAAUGGUGAUUUCAUAGUUGUUUGUUUCUGAUUAGCUUUGAAAGCGUUUGAGAAAGUUUUUUCGCUUCCAAUUAAAUCUCAAUUAUUUCUUGGAUAGUUUAUACGAUCAAAGUUAAUAUCCGAUGCUACUUUCAUGUUAUAAAAGGCAUAUGAUUUAAGUGGGCGCCUUUCGGUGAUUAUCUCUUUUGUCAGUGAUUAUGAAAUCGAUUCAAUUGGCCAUCCUCUUUGUAUAACAGGGAGAUUUCUCUAAGAUUUAUCCAAUAUCUUCCAAGUUUAGGAAUUUAGACCAUGUUCUCCGCUGAAUAGAGUUUGAUGGAAUUUAAUCAGAAGUCAAAUUUAGGCAGAGCUAUUCUCCACUUUGACAGACUGAAAUGAUCCUCAUCCAAAACCAAUCUACUGGCUUUGCCUCUUUCAUUUGGUUAGUUUAAUUUUUUUUUUAAAAAACCCUUGGUUUAUAGUCCCCACCUCAAUCCUCAUCUCAGUUACACAUGCAAAACUCACUGAAAGAUCUUUGACAAAAUGGCCAUAAAUCAACAUAUCCAAACUGAUAUACCUCAGCUGCCUCUUCUUACUUUCCUCACCUAGUUAAGAUCUUCAAUAGUUCAAAUCUUAAGAUGUUACUCUGAUAGAAUGGCAUCAGAUAGAAAUUCUAGGCAUAAUAGUAGCCAGUAUGUCAAAGAGAGGAAGAUUUCUCCCGAGGAGUGACAAAGCAGGCCUUACCUUGUUUCUCUGUCUAGACUGAAACACCUUGUCCCUAGAUACCAGAUCAAGAUGGCAAGAAGAGUGUGUGCCUCCCUCUCAUAGCUGGCUAUCAGAUGAUGCAUGGGUGAUCAUACCUUUUGAUUCAUUUUUAGAAAGAUUCGGGCUUCUUUUUUUUUCCUGUGAAGAUUUUUUUUUUCAUAUGAUCAUGUUUUGUCUGUGCAGGUUGCGGAGCGAGCGCUGUUUCUGUGGAACAGCGAGCAUAUAGUGAACUUGAUCGCCCAGAACCGGGCUGUGAUCCUGCCGAUAAUCUUCGAUGCCCUCGAGAAGAACAUGGAGAGCCACUGGAACCAGGCAGUCCACGGCCUGACAGCCAAUGUGCGGAAGAUGUUCCUUGACAUGGACACGGAGCUCUUCGAGGAGUGCCAACGACAGUAUGCCGAGAAGGCGGCCAAGGCCGAGGACCUAAGGCAGCAGAGGGAGCAGGCAUGGAGGAAACUGGAGGCGGCGGCGGUGGCAGUGGCUGCUAAGUCAGCGGCCGACGACAUGGUUAUGGUGAGCUAG